UCAAGGCUCAUUUCUCUCGCAGGUCCUGCAGUUUCCUUUCCCAUUUUCCAGGAAUUGGAACUGAAGACUGAGUUUUUCAGUUCCAACCCCAACUUCUCAACCUACAGACAGACAGUGGCUGGGCUGGACAAGAUCUUCCACAUGCCAAUGUUGAGCAUCGUUCUGAAGGACCUGGUUGCCAUUGACAGCCAGGCCAAGGACCAUGUAAACCCAGCACAGGGGCUCCUGAACAUGAACAAGUACCGCAAUUUGUGGCGUGUGUUUUGCGGCAUUCGCAGCAGCCAGAUCACUCCGCCUCUGCUUACCCCCAACCUGGACCGAAUGCGGGUGCUUAGGGCAGCCAUUGGUCAGAGCAAUUUGACCGAGGAGGCACUGGAGGAACUGUCGGAGGCCAGGGAGCCACGGCAACGUGCAGGUGUGGGCAUGUCUCGUGCCACCAACCUACCUAAGUUUGCUACUUGGGCCGGAGGUGAACAGCCUCAGCUGGACAGCGUGACCAUCAGCAAGCACGUGAAGCAGAUGGUGGAUGCGGUAUUCAAGGUUUACGAUACAGACCAAAGUGGCACUAUCAGCUACGGAGAGUUUGAGUCAAUCUCUUCCAACUUUCCCUUCAUUGAGUGUUUCUCAGUGUUGGACCAAGACAAGUAUGUGAUGGUACACAGUGGGGGCAGUGACAUGUGUUCCCCCCCUUCAGUGACGGAACAAUCAGCUACGAUGAAAUGCUGCAGUACUUCCUCUCUGCCAACACACUGCUUAAAGAACGCUUCACUCAUCGAUUUGAAGAGCACACUUUCCUAGGGGCCGCAGUCUGUGAGCACUGCAAAGGCAUGUUGAAGGGUAUUGUGCGACAAGGAGUGCGUUGUAGAGAUUGUGGCAUUUCUUGCCACAAACACUGCAAGGAUCAUGUUGUGGUGGACUGUAACCGGAGAAAGGCACGUAAAUGUGAGUGUGUCUGAAGCCAUUGGUUGUCUUUGAGAAGAGACUUCUCUUCCUCUUUCUUUCAGCCAAAAAGAGAGACUCGCUGCUAGAGACUGGUGUGGAGUCAGAGCUGUAUGGUCAUGGAGAUUCUCUCUUGAAAGAGCGCCUACAGCGGGCCGAGGAGGCACGUGACGCUUAUGCACUCGAAAAUGCCGAGCUUCAGGCCCAGUUGGCAGAAGCAAAUGCAAAGAUUCAAGAAUUGCAGGCGCACAUCUCUAUGAUACGGCAGCACACAAUAGGCUUCAUUCUUGAGCAGAUGAGCACUGCAGGACCAACUACAAGCGACGUCUGAUUUAUUUCAUUUCUCUUCAGUAAUCAUAAUUAUUAUAGAGCUGUACUGUAUUGUCAUGACUGUUUUCACACUAUAAACCUUAGGAACGCGUACUGAGCAUGCGGUCAAGUUUCGUAAUCUUACGUACGUACGUUGGGGGAUAAGAGAAACUGAAAAAUGUUAAAAGUUAUGAGACAAACCACAAGAGUGGGCAAAGAGACAAACCAAGUACAUAUCUUUUAUACGUUCACUAUGGUUGUAGUAUGGAAUGGUAAUGUCUUCUAUCUUACUGCACCUAUCCCUAUCUCACCCAAAUUUCGCUGUUCUCCCUAUACAUGGGUAGGUGUCAACGAUUUCACAUUUUUUGUAGGCACA